AUGCCCACAAUCAGACAAGAACUGCGACAUUCCAGCUCUGGGUCAGAAAAUGAAAAGGCGGAAUCGCUGUACGUCAAAAAUGAAGGCAAACUGGACAAAGUUGCGACGCAGAACAGCUACUACGAGGUGGACAGAAACAGACCUGAAACGUUCAUGAAUAGCGAUGACCUUGAAAAAGUGACUGAAUCCGAGAUCUAUCCCCAAAAGCGGAUGUUUAGCUUUUUGCAUUCCAAAAAGAUACCGCCGAUCCCGACAGACGAAGAGCGGCCCGUUUACCCGCUAUUCCACGCAAACUGGAUCUCCCGCAUCUUUUUCUGGUGGGUGUUCCCGAUCCUGCGUGUCGGUUACAAACGUACUUUGCAACCCGGCGAUCUGUGGAAAAUGGACGAUCGUAUGUCCAUCGAGACUCUAUACGCAGAUUUUGAGCGGUACCUGGAAGUUUACCGGGAGAAAGCGCGCGUCCAGUAUCGCAAGGAACACCCUAAUGCCACAGAAGAAGAAAUCAUCGAGAACGCAGUGAUGCCCAAGCACACGCUCGUAAAAGUGCUAUUAUACACGUUUAAAUGGCAAUAUUUCUUAGCGUUUGCAGCAAUGGCGCUAUCCAACGCUGCGUCUGCGUUUUUACCCAUGGUCACCAAGCGUCUCAUCGAUUUUGUAAGCGAAAAAUCAUUUUAUCCGGGUCUCAAAGUUAAUGCGGGUGUUGGAUAUGCCAUCGGAAGUUGUGUCAUGAUGCUUCUUAACGGUGUCUUGUUUAACCAUUUCUUCCACAACUCGCAGUUGACAGGUGUGCAAGCCAAAUCUGUUCUCAUCAAAGCGAUUCUCACCAAGUCCAUGAAACUUUCUGGGUUUUCCAGACACCGUUUCCCCAGCGGCAAAAUCACUUCGAUCAUGUCAACAGACUUGUCACGACUUGAACUGGCGAUCAUUUUUCAACCACUGCUGGGAGCCUUUUUCGUAGCCGUGGCUAUUUGCAUUGUUUUAUUGAUUAUUAAUUUGGGACCCAUUGCUUUGGUAGGUGUUGGUAUUUUCGUGGUGGCAAUGUUCUUCUCCGCCUACGCUUUCAAGCGAUUGAUUAGCGUCAGAAAGAAGACUAAUAUAUUCACGGAUGCGCGUGUCACUAUGAUGCGUGAGAUCUUGAACAGCAUGAAGAUGAUCAAGUUUUACGCUUGGGAGGAUGCCUACGAGGCCAGCGUUCACGAUCAAAGAUCGAAAGAAAUUUCAAAAACCAGGAUCAUGCAAUUCACACGUAAUUUCGUCACUGCUUUGGCCGUUUGCUUGACUAACAUUUCCUCCAUGGUCACUUUUCUAGCACUUUACAAAGUCCGGAACCACGGCAGGACACCUGCCAAUAUCUUUUCGUCUUUGUCACUGUUUCAAGUUUUGAGUAUUCAAAUGUUUUUCCUCCCAAUGGCGCUUGGAACAGCCGUGGAUGGUUCUAUUGCCCUCAAUCGUUGUCAGGAACUUUUUGAAGCUACUGAAGAAGAGCAUGACAUAGACGUUGAUUUCCCACCAUGUGAUGAUCCUGAUUUGGCUUUAAAAGUAGUCAACGGUUCUUUCGAAUGGCAGGACUUCGAAGCGGAAGAGAAUAGGCUAGCUACUCUGAUGGAGAUUGAAGAAAAGAAAAAGAAAAAGACAAAGUCGAAGAAGGACAAGGCUCCAGAACCGAAGCAUGAAGCUGCUUCUAUCAAACCGGGACAUUUGAGCGAUACGGAGAGGGAAUCGUUCAAAGGGUUCCACAAUUUGAAUUUUGAGGUCAAAAAAGGUGAACUCAUUAUUAUCACUGGUUCUAUCGGGACAGGGAAAACUUCUUUGUUGAAUGCCUUGGCGGGUUUCAUGAGGAAGACCGAAGGUGAUGUUUAUAAAAAUGGCUCCCUGCUUUUGUGUGGGUAUCCAUGGGUACAAAAUGCCACUGUCAGAGACAAUAUUUUGUUUGGUUCACCAUACGACAAGGCAAGAUACAAAGAAGUUAUUAGAGUCUGCUCUUUGCAAGCGGAUUUGGACAUUCUACCUGCUAAUGAUAAGACCGAAAUUGGCGAAAGAGGUAUCACAUUAUCCGGUGGUCAAAAAGCACGUAUCAAUCUGGCAAGAAGUGUUUACAAGUCCAUGGACACCUACUUAUUUGACGACGUUUUGAGCGCAGUUGACGCUAGAGUCGGUAAGCACAUUAUGGAUGAAUGUAUGCUGGGCAGACUCGGCAAUAAAACAAGAAUCCUAGCUACUCAUCAACUGAGUCUGAUCGACAGGGCCUCGAGAGUUAUUUUCUUAGGAACUGACGGGUCAUUUGACUUUGGAAGUGUCACUGAACUGAAAAAGAGGAACGCUGGGUUCAACAAACUUAUGGAAUUUGCUAAUAAGUCUUCCGAUAAGGAGGAAGGUGAAUUGGAUAGCACUGAAGCUUCAGGAGAUGACGUUAGCACUGCUGAAGAAUUAGAACAUUUUAGAGACGAUGACGGGCAGCGCGAAAUGGAUGCUUCUCGCUUGAAAAAGGAGUUGAGCAAGAGGUCAUAUGAAAGUAGUGUCGACGAAAAUGAGGCUGCUGGUCGCUUGAUGGCCAAGGAGGAGAGGGCUGUCAACAGCAUUGGGUUCGAUGUUUACAAAAACUACAUCUCUGCUGGUGUCGGCAAAAAAGGUUUCGUUCUGUUACCUUUCUAUGUGAUUUUGCUAGCGGUGACUACUUUCUCGUUGUUGUUUUCCUCUGUGUGGUUAUCUUUUUGGACUGAGGACAAGUUUAAACGUCAGGCCGGGUUUUACAUGGGCAUGUACAUCUUUUUCGUGUUUUUCAAUUACUUUUGCACGACCGGCCAGUUCACGUUGUUAUGCUAUCUUGGUUUGACUGCCUCUAAGAUGCUGAAUUUGAAGGCUGUGAAAAGAAUAUUACACACGCCGAUGAGUUUCAUCGACACGACUCCCAUUGGACGUAUUCUUAACCGUUUCACCAAAGAUACGGACACGCUUGACACGGAACUCACGGAAAGUGUUCGGCUGUUUGUUUAUCAAACGGCCAACAUCAUCGGUGUGGUGAUCAUGUGUAUCAUUUACCUGCCAUGGUUUGCCAUUGCUGUUCCAUUUUUGGUCAUUAUUUUCGCAUUGGUGGCUAACCACUACCAAAGUUCGAGCAGAGAGAUCAAGCGUUUGGAAGCGAUACAAAGAUCGCAUGUGUUCAACAAUUUCAACGAGGUGCUCGGUGGUAUUGACACCAUUCGUGCGUACAGAGGCCAAGAACGGUUCCUGAUGAAGAACGAUUUCCUGACGAACAAGAUGAACGAGGCCGGAUACUUGGUGGUGGCAGUUCAAAGAUGGGUGUCAAUUGCUUUGGAUAUGAUAGCCAUGGCUUUCGCCUUGAUCAUUGCGCUCCUCUGUGUGACAAGACAGUUCCACAUCUCGCCUUCCUCGGUCGGUGUCUUGCUGACGUACGUGCUGCAGUUACCGGGCCUUCUGAACACGCUCAUGCGCGCCAUGACCCAGGGUGAGAACGACAUGAACAGUGCGGAAAGAUUGAUCGCGUACGCCACGGACCUACCGCUGGAGGCCAACUACCGGAAGCCCGAGAUGACGCCCGCGGAGCCUUGGCCCAGCCACGGCGAGAUCGUCUUUGACGACGUGAGUCUUGCGUACCGUCCGGGUCUGCCGCUGGUGCUCAAAAACGUCAGCAUCGACAUUGGCAGCGGUGAGAAGAUCGGGAUUUGCGGUCGUACGGGUGCCGGUAAGUCCACGAUCAUGACAGCUCUGUACCGUAUCUGUGAGUUGCAUUCGGGGACCGUCAGCAUCGACGGCGUCGACAUCUCCAAGAUCGGGCUGUACGACCUGCGCAGCAAGCUGUCGAUCAUUCCACAGGACCCCGUGUUGUUCAAAGGCUCGAUCCGGAGAAACCUGGAUCCGUUCAACGAGAGAACCGACGAACAGCUGUGGGACGCGCUCGUGCGGAGUGGCGCGGUCGAGGCCUCGGAGAUAGCCGAGGUGAAGGCGCAAUCGCCGGAAACCUCGGGCGCGUACGCGAACAUGCACAAGUUCCAUUUGAGACAGGAGGUCGAAGACGACGGCUCGAAUUUCUCUCUGGGCGAAAGACAACUGCUGGCGUUGACACGUGCGCUGGUGCGCCAGAGCAAGAUCCUCAUUUUGGACGAAGCCACUUCCUCCGUCGAUUACGAGACCGACGCCAAGAUCCAGGCCAAGAUUGUCCAGGAGUUCUCGAGCUGCACUAUCCUGUGCAUUGCGCACCGUCUGAACACGAUUCUGGACUACGACCGGAUCCUGGUGCUCGAACAGGGGAGCGUGGCCGAAUUCGACACUCCCAAGGCGCUAUUCCGCGCUGGCGGCAUUUUCACCGAGAUGUGCCAGCGGUCCGGCAUCACAAGCGCGGACUUCAAGGAAAACUAG